GGAUUUAAUAAUGUUUGGAAUCCGGUUAUCACUAAAUACAUUUUUUCUAGAGAGAGAGUCUACUCUCUCUGUUUAUGUAAGAGUGUGUGGUGGGGGUAGAGAGAGAAACAGAAGAGUCAGAGAGAGAAACCGUGUUCUUAAGCCAAGGAUCUCAAAUCUCAACUACAACCCAACGGCUUUACUUUUCUGUAGGUGAAACCCUCCUAAUCUCACCUUAAACCUAUCUGAUUUUUUGUUAAUAUCCACUAUUUUCUUUUAGAUCUACUAAUUUUUCUGUUCUUUGAUACACCAAUUUUUGUGGGUCUCAUCUUUUUUGGUUUAAUUUUUCAUUUUUAGUAGAUUUUUCCCUUUUCCCACUUAUAUAUUGAAUUAAGCUCAAAGUUUGUAUCUUUUGGCUUAUCUCAAAGAAAGGGUUGGUGGGUUAUCUAUUGGAAGGUUGGAGUAAAAUUUAUGUAUCCAUAUCAGAGGAGAAUUGGGUGAAUAGAGAUUUCCAAUAAAGCACAUGUCUUUCCGAAGUAUUGUCCGUGACGUAAGGGAUGGUUUCGGGAGCUUGUCGAGGCGGAGUUUUGAAGUGAGGCUUUCGGGUCAUCUCCGGGGAAAAUCACAUGGGUCAGUAUAUGAGUUAAACGAUCCACCUAUUGUUAUCCAGAACAGCAAAUGGGCUAGCCUGCCACCGGAGCUUUUACGUGACGUAAUUAAGAGAUUAGAGGCUAGUGAAAGUACAUGGCCUGCUCGGAAACAUGUCGUUGCUUGUGCUGCUGUUUGCAGAUCAUGGAGAGAUAUGUGCAAAGAAAUUGUCAGGUGCCCCGAGUUGUCGGGAAAACUUACGUUCCCAGUCUCACUAAAGCAGCCCGGCCCACGGGAUGGAACGAUUCAGUGCUUUAUCAAGCGAGAUAAAUCAAACUUAACUUAUCACCUUUUCCUUUGUCUUAGCCCUGCUUUGCUAGUCGAGAAUGGGAAAUUUCUUCUUUCGGCAAAGCGGACCAGGAGAACAACUUGUACAGAGUAUGUCAUCAGUAUGGAUGCAGAGAACAUAUCGAGGUCCAGUAGCACUUACAUAGGGAAACUAAGAUCAAAUUUCCUGGGAACCAAAUUCAUCAUCUACGAUACACAGCCGCCGUACAACAGUUCUCAGUCAUCACCUCCAGGACGUACGAGCAAAAGGUUCUACUCGAAGAAAGUCUCUCCAAAAGUUCCCUCGGGGAGCUACAACAUUGCCCAAGUCACAUACGAGCUGAAUGUUCUCGGCACACGGGGCCCACGCAGGAUGCACUGUGUGAUGCAAUCAAUCCCUGCCUCCUCACUAGAGCCAGGUGGAAACGUCCCGGGCCAACCCGAGCUCCUUCCUCGAUCACUCGAAGACUCUUUCCGUAGCAUGUCCUUUUCAAAAUCAAUCGACACCUCCACCGAGUUUAGCAGUUCCCGAUUCUCGGACAUUAUGGGUCCUCGUGAUGAUGAUGAAGAGGGUAAGGAGAAACCGUUGAUUUUACGAAACAAAGCCCCAAGAUGGCACGAACAACUGCAAUGUUGGUGUCUUAACUUCCGAGGAAGGGUAACAGUCGCUUCAGUGAAGAACUUCCAGCUAAUUGCGGCAGCACAACCUCCUCCGCCUCCCGGAGCAACGACCCAUUCUCAACCCGCUCCAUCAGAUCAAGAUAAAAUCAUCCUCCAAUUCGGGAAAGUAGGCAAAGACAUGUUCACCAUGGAUUACCGAUAUCCUCUUUCCGCGUUUCAGGCUUUCGCGAUCUGUUUGAGCAGCUUCGACACUAAAUUGGCUUGUGAAUAGUAGGAAUUCAGUAUCGAAAAAAUCGGACAAAAACAUUUUAAGUCCGGAGAACAUUUAGCAGGACAUAAUCCUCACAUCACAUGUGUUUUUCGUCGUAGGUUAAUUAGCUGUUGUGUGUUUGAAAUUGUCAUUUGUAUAACCUCGGAUCGAUGGAAGUUCAUUGGAAGGUCUGUUUACCGCCCCUUCUAUCGAAGAUGUAUCAUUGUAUGCGAUCUUGGAUCUUCCCUGAAUGUUUAUGAAUUCUUGUGACAAAUAGUGCCAGUAAAAGGAUUCAACAAUUGCCCAA